AUGGAUUCUCCUCUAGUACCAGAUUCUGAAUCGACACAUUCCUCGAGCGGGUAUGCUCACUUGGAUACGCGCUCCUUGACUGCCAGUAUAACCGACUAUCCCGUUCACUGGGGCCGAAGAUACCAUCGAUAUAAGGAAGGCGCCUAUCUAUUUCCCAACGAUGAAAACGAACAGAUUCGACUCGAUGAACAGCACGAGAUAUUGAAUCGACUCCAUGGCCGCUUGUUCUUUGCACCUCUGGACCCGGAUAUUGUCCACACCGUGUUGGAUAUAGGCACGGGCACUGGGAUAUGGCCGAUCCAACUUGCCGACUCCAAUGUGCUCCCCCAUGCCACCAUUACAGGCGUGGAUCUGUCGGCUGUUCAGCCUGACGAUGUGCCAUCAAACGUCUACUUUGAGAUUCAAGACUGUGCCGAGGAGGAUUGGAUACGGCCACUCGACAGUGUUGAUUAUUGCCACGUUCGCUUCAUGGCUGGAUCCCUUACCUCGUAUGAAGACUUGGUUCAGACGGCAAAGAAGUAUCUUCGUCCCGGUACCGGAUGGUUGGAGUGUCACGAAAUCCACCCCCAGCCUGUAUCCGACGACAAUACUAUUCCCGAAGGUUGGGCGAUGAAGACCUGGGAAGAGCAUCUUAACUAUGCCGCCACCAAAGCUCUCAAGCCGCCGCGACCUGUUCGGGUGGCAGCGGACAUCAAAACCUGGAUGGAGGAAGCGGGCUAUGUGGAUAUCCACGAGCACAUCUCCAAAAUCCCCAUGGGUCCCUGGCCACGAGAUUCACGCCUCAAGAACAUCGGCAGCUGGUGGCUUGCCAAUUGGCUCGCGGGGUUGCAGGGCUUUACGUAUAAGCUCUUCAGUAAUGACGGGCUCAAGUGGUCUCGGGACGAGAUCGAAGUGCAUCUGGCCGAAGUCCGCAAAGCAGCCGUCAUGAAAUCAGUUCAUUCCUAUCAGAGACAUUAUGUGGUAUAUGGACGAAGGCCGUCCAAGGAAGAGGAGCAAAUUCUGAGCCUGUAUGGUCAUGGGUGA